AUGAGUUUCGGAGCCCCCGGAGGUGGUUCAGUCAACUACAAGCCUACCCCGCCUGAGCGCGGUAGCUUUCCUCUCGACCACGAAGGAGAAUGCAAGCACAUCAUUUCCGGAUACUUGAAAUGCAUCAAAUCCAAUCGGGGCACCAAUGACGAGGCAUGCCGGAAGCUGGCUAAGGAAUACCUUACGUGCCGGAUGGACAAGAAUUUGAUGGCGCCGGACAACUUCGAGAAUCUUGGGUUGAUCUUCAAGGAAGACCAAAAGAAGAGCAGCGCUCCAGAAACACAAUCAGCACAAGGGACGGAGACUAAAAACUGA